AUGGGAGAUUUUGUGCCAUUGGAAGUACAUUCUGUGAAUGUCAGUUUUGAAUCUGAAUAUUCAAAAGAGAAUAAAUAUAAAUUUAUUUAUGGAGAGAAAGAAGAUUGGAGAAUUUCAGGUGUAGGUUUUGUAAUUUGUCAAGAAGAAAAAUUAGUAGUUGCAUCAGGUUACCAUAUAAAGAUAUUCUCUAUUAAUUCUAUUAAAGAUGAAUUAGUUAAACCUAUUAACUUAGGAAAUUUUAGAAAUGAGAUCAAUUGUUUUUCUUUUAGAAGUGAUGGUAAACUUAUAGCAGUAGCUACUAAAGGAGGAGAAUGUGAUAUCAUAGAUAUACAGACACGUUCAACUCUUCGACGUCUUAUUUUUGAAGGAGAAUCUUUAACAGCUAUUACUUUUUCUAAAGAUAAAUCUAAGAUUAUAGGUGGUACUACUAAUGGUAAAUUAAUUGUAUGGGAUAUUGCAACAGGGGAUAAACUUAUUAUUAAGGAUAUUCAUAAUGAUAUUAUUAAAUCAAUAAUUUUUAUAGACUAUGAAUAUAAUUUAGAUAAUGAUGUAAUAAAUAAUAAUUCUAGUAUAGAUUUAUCAAUAGAUACCUUUGCAACAUGUAGUUAUGAUGGUACUAUACGAUUAUGGUGUAUAACCAAAAUAUCAAAUUCAUCUCUAAAUAAACUUUCUGAGGAUAAAUUUGAAUUAGAAUUUAUAAAGGAAUAUAAACAUGAAGCUCCCGUAGAAUGUUUAAAAUAUAUAACUCCAGGAAUUUUAGUUUCUGCUGGUGGUACCUCUGUUAAAUUAUGGAAUAUUAAAGAUAAAGAAGAAAAUCAAUCUCCUAUAUUAAUGAAUUUUUGUAAUUUUGGUCGUACAGUUACUUCAUUAGAUAUUAAUGGAGAUAUUAUUCUUGCUGGUUCUUUAGAUCGUAAUUUGAGUUUUUUAGAUAUUAAAUCUUUUGAAGUUUUGAAUUCUUUUCAUUUCCUAAGUGGAAUUCAAGGGGUAGCAAUUUCAAAAAAUGCAAGAUAUAUUUUAAUAGCUUUAGAAGAUGGAAAUUGGAUAUGUAGACAAAAAUCUGUAACUUUAUCAAAUAAUUUAAAAAAACAAGAUAAAUAUGGACGUACCAAAAAUAUAAUUCGUACUGGUACUUUAAGAUAUUUUAGAAGAGGGAGAAAUUCAAAACCUGAUAUUUCACAUAUCAAGAUUAAUGCACCAAAAAAGAAGAUUACUCAACUAGAUCGUCUUCUUAAAGCAUAUGCUUAUGGUAAAGCAUUAGAUUUAGCAUUAAAUAUAAGUUGGUUACAUGUUUUGACAGUUUUAGAAACUCUUUCAUCUAGAGGAGCUCUUCAUAUUGUAUUUAAAGAUAUAUCAAAGGAUAAGUUACUAAUUAUACUCAAAAUGUUAUCACGAAGUAUUGGACGUUGUAAUCCUUCUCAUUAUUGUAUAAUUACUGAAGCAAUUCAACAUAUUUUAAAUGAAAGUAAUUGGCAAAAAUUAUUUCCAUUAAAUUCAGAUAUAUCGAAAUCUAUUACCGAAAUUACAGAUGCAGUGAAAAGAUUAAUUCAUAAAGUUACAUUAGAGAUUCAACAGCAUAAUAUACUUAAAGAAUUAGAUGGAAUGAUUGAAUUAAUAUUAUCAAAUUACAAUGACACUUGA